CAAUUCAUAGAGUACUUGCACGCAUGUUCUUAAUGCUGGUUGGGCUUCUCUUCAGGUCCAAAGGACAGUUCUCGCGUUUUCUAGGAGGUCUGUCAUGGUAUUAUCUCAAAAUGGAUUUCACUAUUCGGGCCGCUACACCAGAAGAUUGUAUAGACAUAUUUCGGAUGACAAGAGAAUUGUCCGAAUAUGAAAAAUUGUCCGAUCAGGUCAAGAUAUCUCUUGAAGACCUGAAACGGAACGGCUUCUGUCAAAAUCCUUUCUAUCGGUGUCUCAUUGCAGAGGUGCCCGAGGAACACAAAACUAAAGAUGGACACGUCAACGUUGGCUACGCCUUAUUCUGUUAUACUUAUUGCACAAUCAAAGGCAAGUGUGUUUAUUUGGGAGAUCUGUACGUCAUGCCAGAAUUCCGAGGUAAAGGGAUUGGAAAAGCACUGAUGAGCUCAGUGGCCAAAGUGGCCAAGGAGCAGCAGUGUACCAAUUUGCAGCUGUCCGUUUUGGACUGGAACACUCCCUCAAUGGACUUCUACAUCGCCAAGGGUGCUCAGGACCUCACCAAGAGUGAAGGGUGGCACUCACUUCGUUUCCACGGGGCAGCGCUAGACAAGCUUGCAGAGGAGGCCCCCAAGAAUUAAUUCAGUUCAUUUUGUCCUGUAUGGCACAGGGGCAGGUAGUCUGUCUUUUCAACCGUCCACACUUGAACAUAAGAUCUACCAACUGUGUAAUCAGCAUUGUGCAAGUGCUUAAAUUGGGGCACACUGUGGAUGACUGAUACAGACAAUUAAAGCUUGAGGGUGGCAAAAUGAUUCGGUCCAUCAUUUCAUACUGCCAUGUCUGUUAACUUUACUUGACCUUUUACUUGCUGAUAUGUCUGGGUUGUCUUUGUGUGGGUUGUUUUGUUAGGACAUCACUACCUGAAAGUACAUUAAUACACAACCAUGCUUCCUCAGUCGGUGUUUCAAGAUAACAUCUUUCAUAUGUACUGAAUUAUUAGUCCAAUGCGAUUUGAGAUAAUUAAAUGUUUCCUGUGUGGGUUGUGUAAUACAGUUUUCAAGUGGCACUGUUCUAGUGUGUCAGCUUUACGCCUGGCUCACACUAUUGCAUUGCAAUCUGUUGAUCCGUUAACGAUAACGGAUCCCCAUUCACUUUGAAUGGGGUGACGUCAUCCUUUGCCGAACUGAAUUGUGGCUCAGUUGCGUUCGGUUGUGUUCCGUUGCUUGCACCGAAAGUUGAAAAACGUUCAACUUUUCGAGAGGCAAUGCAUGCGUCAGCCAAUCAAAUUGCAUUUCAUGCAAAUACGGCAGCACAGGCGCUAGCCAAUCAGAUCGCGUUUAUGCUCUAAAGAGCGGUGUGAUUAGUUUGUUGACCUGUCAAUCUCACUAUAACGUCUCCGUUAUCAACACAACCCCAUGCGCCAGACACGCCCUCUGUCAUCCAUUGGAUCAACGCAUUGCAACGCAACAGUCUGAGCUAGGCAUUGUCCAGUGAAGCUGACACACUAGUUAUUUGUAAACAACAGUAAGUAUUUGUAAUUAACAAUAAUAAAUAACAGUUAUUUACAGUCA